AUAGCUGUUCCCGGCACUAUUUUAUGUGGCCGGUCAUAUAUUUCUUCUCGUUUGUCGGUUAACGUAAAAAUUAGGAUUUCCACCGGUCCCGUUAUAAUAUUAUAUUAUAACAACAUUGCAGGAGAUAUAGCUUUCGAUGACUAUGAUAAUAUAUAGAUAAUAUAUAGAUCAUAGACUACUGUGUGGAACCGCAAGGUGAAGGGAUUAUCAGCUGAAAUCAUAUUUUAAUGGUUUGUUUUUAUAUUAAAAUAUGUUUGUGUGUGAAAAAAAGGUGCUAUCGGAGUAUUGUUUCUCGUCGAGAGUUUGAGACGUCUAAGGGAUGAAUAUAAUGACAUUAAAAACGCCGAAAAUGUUAUUUGCUCAAUACAUUCAGUCGUCAUUUUUUUUGGUUAACUUCACAAACACUCGCGUUCAUAGAUUUUAGGAUCUAGUUACUAUACUUUAGGGAUACAUUUGAAUCGAAUUGGGAAGUUCUCAUGACAGUAGUCCAUGGACCAGUAAUUGUUUACUUUAUUACUAUUGGAUUGUACUCGUGUUUUUAAAUCGUCUUAAUUCUAUAGGUCUUGUAUGACAAAACGCUAAAUUCCAAUAUACUUGGAUAAUAUAUUCAGUGCAGUGGAUUUUUUCCUAAACGUGUAUAUUGUAAUUUUGUUGAAUCUAGGUUUUGAUAUUUGGUCAAAAAUAAGACAUAUUGAAGAAAUUUUGGAGGGGGGAGGGUGGACCCCCCACCACAGACACGGCCUCGCAUGCGUCCAUUUUAUAUUAUUAUUAUGCACUUACUACUAUUUUCCCUUUGACCGAAGCUCGUGUGGAGUUGUAGAGCGGUUUUAGCGAUCCGAAGUAUAGUGUUGUAUGAUGACGAAAAUAUAAUUAUUUUUCCUUCGGUUGUGCGUACAUAGGUUUUCCGGAGCGGGCCAUGAACGGAUCGGAUUUCGGCGGGCCCAACUCGACCAGCAACGAAACCGACGGCGCGGCGUGGCCGGACAGCAACCAGUUCGAGCUGCCAUGGUGGCACCAGCUGGCAUGGACGGUGCUGUUCGUGCCCAUGAUCAUGGUGGCCACGGGCGGCAACCUGAUCGUCAUAUGGAUCGUCAUGACCAACAAGCGGAUGCGGAACGUGACCAACUACUUCCUGGUGAACCUGUCCAUAGCGGACGCCAUGGUGUCCACGCUCAACGUGUCCGUAAACUUUAGUUACAUGCUGACCAGCAACUGGACGUUCGGCACGGCCUAUUGCAAGAUCAGCCAGUUCGUGGCCGUGCUGUCCAUAUGCGCCAGCGUGUUCACC